AAUCCUGAGGUCUCAGUCCCACCUUUUUCAGUCACUCUUUUUCUCCCCAAAUUCAAUUGAAUUCCUUACUUAUAGGAGAAAAUUCAUAUUCUUUCCUUCAAUAAAAAUCCAAUCGUUUUCCAUUUUGGGUUUCUAUUUGUAGUAAGGAAUUCCAAUUCUUUUGUAAUAUAAAUUGGGAAUUUUUUGAACUUUUUUUAUGAAUUAAUUGUGAGAAACAUUAAGAGUGGAAAAUUAAUUGAGAAUGAGUAAUUUAAUUGGGAAGAAUGUAAGUUUGUCGUUGUUGGAGCAUCAAAGCAAGAUAAAUUCUGGGAUUCCAAUAUUGAAAGCUCAAGCAACAUCAAAGUUAAGGAAUUCCAACAAUACUGUAUUUAGUAAGCAAUUUUAUGGGAAGAGUUUGAGAUCUUGCACGAAUCCCAAGAAUUUCAUGGCUACUCGUCGGUUUUCUUAUGUUGCCCGUGCUGUUCUUGCUGCUGAUCCUGCUUCUCAGCAAGCCGACAAAUACAAUCUUGAUGGAGAUAUUGAACUGCAGGUUUCAGUGAGCCCUAUGUCAUCUGGGUGCAUUUCUAAAGUGGAGAUAGUGGUGACGAAUAGUCAUGAUGACAAUAUGGUACUUCAUUGGGGCGGGAUACGUGAUAGCAAAGAGAAAUGGGCGCUUCCUUCACGUAGACCUGAUGGUACCAGAGUGCACAAAGAUAGGGCACUGAGAACCCCAUUUCAAAAGUCAGGUUCUGGUUGUUCGUUGACAAUAGAGAUUGAUGAUCCAGCAGUGCAAGCUAUCGAGUUUCUUAUUUUAAAUGAAGCCCGGAAUAUAUGGUUUAAGAAUAAUGGGCAGAACUUUCAUGUAAGGUUGCCUAGGAAAUCUGAGCAUGCUCAACAGGUUCCCGAGGAUCUUGUGCAGGUUCAAGCUUAUCUCAGAUGGGAAAGAAUGGGUAAACAAAUGUAUACCCCUGAGCAGGAAAAGGUGGAAUAUGAAGCAGCUCGUGCUGAGUUAAUGGAUGAGGUAGCCAGAGGUGUUUCUAUACAAGAACUUCGAGAACGGUUAAAAAAAGGAAGUAAUGCAAGUGAAGAUAAAGGACAACCCCCUUCAAAAUCUGAAAGCAGAAUCCCAGAUGAUCUUGUAUCUAUUCAAUCUUACUUAAGAUGGGAAAAAGCUGGGAAACCAAACUAUUCUUCAGAUGAGCAAAGUAGGGAAUUUGAGGAAGCAAGAAAAGAGUUGCAGAGGGAACUAGAUAAAGGUGCUUCAGUAGAUGAUAUACGAAAGAAAAUUGCCAAAGGAGAGAUAAAAACUAGGGUUACAAAGCAGGUGGAGAAACAAAGAAAUUAUUCUUCAGAAAGAAUACAGCGCAAAAAGAGGGAUCUGAAGCAGGUUAUUAGUAAACAUACUGCUGAACCAGUGGACAAUGUAUCCACAAAAGUCACAGAUCCGAAAACCUUAUCUGCAGUUGAGCUUUUUUCUGAGGCGAAGCAAGCUCAAGAUGGCGAUCUUCUUAGAAAAAAGAUGUUUAAGCUUGCUGACAAGCAACUUCUGGUACUUGUGACUAAGCUUGAUGGAAAAACAAAGGUAUGUCUAGCUACAGAUUUCAAGGAGCCUCUCACUCUUCACUGGGCUUUAUCGGCAAAAGGAAAUGAGUGGUCGCAACCACCUCAGAGUAUCCUUCCACCAGGUUCAUCUUUACUAGAUAAGGCUGCAGAGACGCAGUUUGUCAGUGUCUCCUCUGAUGAUUCUUCCCAGCAGUUUCCGCUUCAGUCAUUGGAGAUAGAAAUUGAAGGUGAUGAUUUUGUAGGCAUGCCUUUUGUCCUAGUAUCUUCUGAUAACUGGAUGAAGGACAAUGGGUCAGACUUCUAUGUGGACAUUCGUGUCAAACCCAAACAGAAGGAUGCUGGUGAUGGAAAUGGGACUGCAAAGUCGCUGCUGGAAAAGAUAGCUUCACUGGAGAGUGAAGCACAAAAAUCUUUUAUGCAUAGGUUCAACAUUGGAGCAGACUUGCUUGAUGAAGCCGUGGAUGCUGGUGAAUUGGGUCUUGCUGGAAUUUUAGUAUGGAUGAGAUUUAUGGCCACAAGGCAGCUAAUUUGGAACAAAAAUUACAAUGUGAAGCCACGUGAAAUAAGUAAAGCUCAAGACAGACUUACAGAUAAUCUCCAGAACGUAUUCAGAAGCCAGCCUCAGCACCAGGAACUUAUCCGAAUGAUAAUGUCGACUGUUGGUCGUGGAGGCGAGGGGGAUGUUGGACAGAGAAUUAGAGAUGAAAUUUUGGUCAUUCAGAGAAACAAUGAUUGCAAGGGUGGAAUAAUGGAAGAAUGGCACCAAAAACUGCACAACAAUACCAGUCCUGAUGAUGUUGUCAUCUGUCAGGCAUUGAUUGAUUACAUCAAAAGUGACUUUGACAUCAGUGUUUACUGGAAAACAUUAAAUGAGAAUGGGAUUUCUAAAGAGCGCCUUCUCAGUUAUGACCGAGCUAUCCAUUCUGAACCUCACUUCAGAAGCGAACAGAAAGAAGGGCUUCUGAGGGAUCUUGGACAUUAUAUGAGAACACUGAAGGCAGUUCAUUCUGGAGCAGAUCUGGAGGCUGCUAUUUCAAAUUGCAUGGGAUACAAAACUGAGGGUCAAGGUUUCAUGGUUGGCGUGAACAUAGAUCCUCUUCCUGGAUUGCCGGCUGGAUUUCCGGAUUUGCUUCAGUUUAUUUUGGUACAUGUGGAAGAUAAGAAUGUGGAGCCACUGCUUGAGGCAUUACUAGAGGCACGACAGGAACUCCGGCCAUUGUUGUUCAAGUCUCACAGUCGACUGAAGGAUCUAAUAUUUUUGGAUAUUGCUCUUGAUUCUUCUGUGAGGACAGUCAUUGAAAGGGGUUACGAGGAGCUGAAUAACGCUGGACCUGAGAAAAUUAUGUACUUCAUUUCCAUGGUUGUUGAAAAUCUUGCUCUUUCAUCAGAUGACAAUGAAGAUCUUGUCUACUGCAUAAAGGGAUGGAAGCGUGCACUUGAUAUGUUAUCGAGUAAUGACAAAGAUUGGGCAUUGUAUGCAAAAUCAGUCCUUGACAGGACACGCCUAGCACUUGCAAGCAAAGCAGAGUUGUACCAACAUAUUUUACAGCCAUCUGCAGAUUACCUCGGCUCACUUCUUGAAGUUGAUCAGGGGGCUCUCAGCAUAUUCACAGAGGAGAUGAUUCGUGCUGGAUCAGCUGCAUCUGUCUCUGCGCUUCUUAAUAGACUGGAUCCUGUUCUUCGUGAGACUGCCAAUCUGGGAAGUUGGCAGAUUAUUAGUCCAGUUGAAGCAGUUGGAUAUGUCGUGGUUGUUGACGAGUUGCUAUCUGUCCAAAAUAAAACAUACGAACAACCCACUAUUCUGGUUGCAAAUCAUGUAAGAGGGGAGGAGGAAAUUCCUGAUGGCACAGUUGCUGUAUUGACACCAGAUAUGCCAGAUGUGUUAUCACAUGUUUCUGUGCGAGCAAGAAACUGCAAGGUUUGCUUUGCUACUUGCUUCGAUAGCAAAAUUCUUUCUGAACUACAAGCAGCUGAAGGGAAGUUAUUACGCCUCCAGCCAACGUCAACUGAUGUACUCUACAGUGAGGUGAGUGAGGGUGAGCUCAAUGGGGCUAGCUCAAGUGUGACAAGUGACGAUGUUCCACCAUCAAUAAGUUUGGACAAGAAGAAAUUUGGUGGUAAAUAUGCCAUAUCCGCAGAUGAAUUUACUAGUGAAUUGGUUGGGGCAAAAUCUCGUAAUAUCUCAUACUUAAGAGGGAAAGUUCCAUCAUCGGUAGGAAUCCCUACAUCAGUGGCCCUACCAUUUGGAUCUUUUGAGGAAGUCCUUUCAUAUGGCCCCAAUAAGGGAGUGAAUGACAAGUUGAAGAUCUUGAAAAAGGAAUUAAAUGGCGGAGAUGUUGGAGCUCUAGCAAAGAUCCGUAGUACAGUUUUAGAACUUGUUGAACCACCUCAGUUGGUUGAAGAGCUUAAAACCAAGAUGAAGGGCUCUGGAAUGCCAUGGCCUGGGGAUGAAGGUGAGAAACGCUGGCAACAAGCAUGGACAUCAAUUAAAAAGGUUUGGGCUUCCAAGUGGAACGAGAGAGCAUACUUCAGUACAAGAAAAGUCGGGCUAGAUCAUGAAUAUCUCUGCAUGGCUGUCUUGGUUCAGGAAAUCAUUAGUGCUGAUUAUGCCUUCGUUAUUCACACAACCAACCCGUCUUCUGGGGAUUCAUCAGAAAUAUACGCUGAGGCUGUGAAAGGACUUGGAGAAACUUUGGUUGGGGCCUAUCCAGGCCGUGCUUUAAGCUUCAUCUCCAAAAAAAGUGAUCUCAACUCGCCAAAGGUUUUGGGAUACCCAAGUAAACCUAUUGGUCUCUUCAUAAAACAAUCCAUCAUUUUCCGAUCUGAUUCCAAUGGUGAAGAUCUUGAAGGCUAUGCUGGUGCUGGACUCUAUGACAGUGUUCCAAUGGAUGAAGAAGAAAAAGUCGUGCUAGACUACUCAGACGACAAAUUAAUGAACGACAGCAACUUCCGUCAAUCAAUACUCUCAGGCAUCGCAAAGACAGGAAGCGCAAUUGAGGAGUUGUACGGAUCUCCUCAAGACAUAGAAGGUGUUGUCAAGGAUGGGAAGAUAUAUGUUGUACAAACGAGACCACAGAUGUAAUACUCGUUUCAUUUCUUGCCUCCUUCUCCAAGAAACCUUCCAUUUAGGCGCGUCUCAACUCCAUGAGAUAAAUAGUUUGGAAUGCAGGACAACGGAAACUCAUGCUAUUGAAGUUCCAAUAGUUGAAGAAGAAACCCGUGAAUGGACGAUGGAAGACGAUGAAGAAACGAGGCAAGUUGAACUAACAAGUCUAAAUUUUUUACCACAUCUGUUUUCUUUGAUCAGGAAGUAUGUAUGCUUUGGCUGAUGAAGAACGGGUUUGGAUUGAGCGGCUGCGAAGUUUAAUAAUUAGGAGAAUAAAACACAGGUAUAUCUCUAUGUAUAAGUCUAAGUUAAGUUAAGAACAAAAGGCUAAAGGUAUUCUGAAGCCUUAUUAUACAGAACUAAUUCAGUUCAUAUGUAUGUAUAGCAAUAGAAACUUGCCAGAAUGGCAUAUUAAUAAAAAUUAUCUUAUUACAUUA